AUUUACAGUCUAAAUGUGUUUUGUAUCAGUUCUUUAUUUCAGUUACAUUGUGACAUUUAGUGAACAUUCUUUUUGGGUAGGGAGACUGGCCAUCUUUCCUGUUCAGAGAAUAUGGGGGAAGAUGUCAGUUUGUUUCUGAUUUAGAUUGGUUCAAUUUGAGUUAAUUGUUUGAGUACUUGCCUUUCUGGGUGUGUCUCAGCAAGGUGGAGCAGAAAGGGAGACAAAUGCUCUUGGAGCAUACCAUCUUCCAUUAAGAGGGGUAAUACUCUGAGGAUUUAUAUUUAGUUAUAUUUACUUUUGAUUGACCUUAGAUUAGUUUAGUUUUAAUAAUUUGCAUGCAUGUAAAUAUUUGUUGGCUCAUUUAUUGUUUGCUAGGUUUGUGUAAGUAGUGUUUGUUUCUUGUUUAUCUUUUUUUUGAUCACCCCUUUACCUGGUUAAGUGUUGGAACUUGCCUCAGGUAUGAAUGUCAGCUUCUUUGCUUCACUGUGUGAAGGGUGUCGGUGUAAUGGUGACCUGGAGCUCCCAAAUAAAUCCACCUCAAAGACAUUUGUUGCCUCACUUCCUUCUUUAACGCAGAGCCUCCGCUGGUCAAAGUGACAAAUGGUGUCAGAAGUGUGGCUUUUGGAGGAACAAUGAGACGAUGAUGACAAGAGGUGGUAAAAGAAGUAAUGAAACUGAGACUCCAGAGAGUAGUGCUGCUAUGAGUGGAGCUGAAGCAGCUACUGGUGCUAGCACGGAUGACAAACUGGAUCAGCUGGCAAGCCUCGUCAAGUCACUGAUGCAGGCCCAAACUGCCCGAGAUCAGCAGAUUGAGAAGGAAUCGGCACGCCAAGAAGUAAGAUGGAAGAAUUUACAACAACAGUUUCGACAACUCCAGAAUCAUGUGGAGGAAUUGAAGGAGGAACGACAGCAUGAGGGUGACUAUUUGGAGGAGGAUCCUCACACUCAUGAUGAUGACGGAGACAGUCAUGAUGAUGGACAAAGUCAGAUGUCUUUCCAGCUUCCAGUCACACAGAGGGAGCCAAAGCUGCUUCCAUUGGCUUCUGAUGAUGAUGUGGAGCACUUCUUGACAACUUUUGAAAGGAUAGCUAAGGUCUGUCAUUGGCCUAAAGAUGAGUGGGCAGUCCGACUGGUUCCACUACUUACUGGGAAAGCACGUAGUGCGUAUGUGCUGAUGGACAUUGCUGAUUCUCACAUGUAUGAUAAGGUGAAAGAUGCCAUUCUGACCAAAUAUGAGAUAACUGCCGACACCUAUAGAAGGAGGUUUCGAUCCCUGGACAUUCAUCAGGGUGAGACUCCAAAAGAACUUUAUGUUCGACUCAAAGACAUGUUCUAUAAGUGGGUCAAACCAGAGACUUCUACAGUGAAGAACAUUUCAGAACUGAUGAUCAUGGAGCAGUUCCUGAGGAUGGUGAAUCCGGACUUGGAGGUGUGGAUCCGGGAACGAGCCCCAAAGUCUGCAGAGGAGGCGGCAAGUUUGGCAGAAGUCUUCUUGUCAGCAAGGACGGGGACGAGAAGAGCCCACUUUGGCCGUGAAAACUUUCCUACGGGAAGAAGUAAGUCUGAUGGGGGUGAAAGGGGUGGUGCUAUAGGUCAGACUAGGAGUUAUUCAGCUACCAAGUCAUUUUCUGUUGCUAAACCCAACCCUGCUAAGAACUACUCUUCCUCAAGACCAGAUGUCAGGUGUUUUCAGUGUAACAGAAUGGGUCAUACACAGUAUACAUGUCCUGCCACUACACGGAGUAAGCCCUCCCUUCUCUGUUCAGUUCCCAGACCACCCACCCCAUCCACUGCCCCUGAACCUGCUCACACAGUCCCUGUGUUGGUUAAUGGUCAACGUGAAACAGCUUUGUUAGACACAGGAAGUUUCAAGUCUGUGGUUCUGUCUAGCUUAGUGCCAAGAGAACUGUGGAGUGAUGCUAAGACAAAAAUAAGUUGCAUUCACGGUGAUGAAAUGGAGUAUCCUGUAGCUGAGAUUUAUCUAACUAUAGGAGGUCAGACAUUUCUGUUACCUGUAGCAUUAGCUUCAAGGCUUCCUUAUGCUGUCAUUUUGGGCUUGGAUGUCCCCACUUUGACUGAUUUAGUGUCAAACACAGCAGCUGGACAGUUGACUCAAACUGAUGGCCAUGAGGGAACACAGUUAAAGACUCAGAACACUACACUCUUCCAGAAAAAUGUCCCCAUAGUGACAGGAGUAGAACUUUCCUCUCCAAUCUGUAGCUUGGUCACUACUAGAGCCCAGGCGGUACAGAACUCGCUUAAGGAAUUACCAUUCUAUGAUGUAGAACUGGAGGUGGGCAGUAUAAAACCAUCCAAAUCCAGAGCACAAAGAAGAAAGGAGAAGUUUUUAGGUUCAGCCAGAAUGGAGGUGGAAGGAAAGAUGAAACCUUGCCCGUUAUUUGACUUUGAUAUUCCUUCAGAUAUUUCUGCCCAUCAGAGAUCAGACCCAACAUUAAAACCAUGGUUUGAUAAGGUUACAGAAGUAGAGGGAAAGAAGCAGGGUAAAAUAAAUGCCUUGGAAGAUGCAACUUAUGUUGUGAAGAAUGGUGUCCUUUAUCAGGUUAAAGGUGGAUCAGAAGCCAUUGCUUUACCACAGCAGCUAAGGGGAAAAGUGAUGGAACUCGCUCAUUCAGUUCCUUGGGCCGGGCACCUAGGAUUUCAGAAAUCCCUUCAUAGAAUAGCAAGUCGGUUUGUGUGGCCAGGCAUGUAUACACAGGUGCAACAGUUCUGCUCUUCCUGUCACACGUGUCAGUUAACUACGAACAGAGGUGUUUCUAAAGCACUUCUACAGCCAUUACCUAUCAUAGAAAUACCAUUUGAAAGGAUAGGAAUGGAUGUUGUAGGUCCCCUGGAGAAAAGCUCCUCUGGUAACCGUUACAUUCUGGUUAUCUGUGAUUAUGCUACAAGAUACCCUGAAGCUUUUCCUUUGAGAUCAGUGAAAGCUAAACAAGUAGCUGUUUGCUUCAUCUGUUUUCACGGGUAGGCAUUCCUA